AGGCCGGGUGAUAUGGCAGUUCAUUUUUUGUCUCUUUCUUCCUUUGUCGAGGACAAACUCCAGACAAUACUUGGCAUUUUCCUAGAUUAUGGUAUAUGUAUUGAAUGUUCUUAGGAAGGGUGUGAAACUGUUGAUAUGAUAUUGUAACAGUAGAAUGUGUAUUUUUUUUAGUUGCAUGUUUUUGUGAUUGAUAUGACAACAGGAAACUCAGUGCAAAGUUAUAGCGCAAAAAUAGUAUGUAUGGUCAUUGAAGGCGCGGAUGAUUCAGGAGGUUCGAUGUGCGCCUGCGCCGGUGUUUGGAGUCAGGAGGGGUGAACAGGGAAGGGGGUGGUUGCGACGCCGGUCGCCGCGACGCGAAGCCUCGUCUCUGUUAAGACGGUCGCGCGCACCACACCUAGCUUGCUUAGAGACUUUAGACAGGCACACUCGAGCUGAGUCAGUGGUUAGCAGGAGAAUCGCUCAGCUGUUGUUCGACGCUGAUCAAAGUGCCGGGCGUCCAUCAUUGAGGACUGACAGUUGGGAUUUUGUUGUUGAUCAGAUUUAGUGCGCGCUACCAUGUCUCUUACGAAGACGACCAAGUCCUAUACCUACCGCUCGACAGGAGGUGGAAAUGCUGAUGUCAGCAUCGAGUACUCCGCCGACUUGAGCGCUCUCUCCAGGCUCGAGGAUAAGAUCCGUCUCCUGCAGGAAGACUUGGAGUCCGAACGAGAACUUAGACAAAGGAUUGAGCGAGAGAAAGCUGACUUGAGUGUUCAAGUUAUCUCAUUGCAAGAAAGGUUGGAAGAGGCCGAGGGUGGAGCCGAAAGCCAGUUUGAAAUCAACAAGAAGCGUGACACUGAGCUGACCAAGCUCAGGAAGCUUUUGGAAGAUGUCCAUCUGGAGUCGGAGGAAACUGCACACCUUCUGCGCAAGAAGCACCAGGAAGUUGUCGUUGAUUUCCAGGAACAGUUGGACCAGAUGGCCAAGGUCAAAGCCAGAACAGAGAAGGAAAAAGCCAAAUUCCAGCAAGAAGUCUAUGAAUUGUUGGCCCAGCUAGAAGGUGCCAACAAAGAUAAGCUUAUCAGCGUAAAGCAGGUUGAAAAAUUGGAAGUAACAAUCCACGAAUUGAACAUCCGUAUUGAGGAAUUGAACCGCACAGUCAUCGAUAUCACAUCCCACAAGAGCCGUCUGUCAACAGAAAAUAUCGAACUCACAAAGGAGGUUCAGGACUUGAAGGUUAACAUCGAAAAUGCCACCUACCUGAAGUCACAGCUGGCCGGUCAGCUGGAAGAUGCCCGCAGGAGGUUGGAAGAUGAUGAGAGGAGGAGAUCUCUGCUUGAAGCCAGCCUUCACCAGGUUGAGGUUGAACUGGAAUCAGUGAGAGUUCAGCUGGAGGAGGAGGCCGAAGCUAGACUAGACCUUGAGAGACAGCUGGUCAAGGCCAACGGUGAGGUGACCACCUGGAAGUCAAAGUAUGAAACUGAGGCACAAGCCCGAGUUGAGGAAAUCGAGGAAAUCAGGCGCAAAUACUCAGCUCGCCUUCAGGAACAGGAAGAGCACCUCGAGUCCUUGAUUGUCAAGGUCAACAACCUCGAGAAGCAGAAAUCUCGCCUUCAGAGCGAGGUUGAGGUUCUCAUCAUUGAUCUCGAAAAGGCCAACAACACAGCCAGGGAGCUGCAGAAGAAGUCCGAGCAGCUAGAGAGAAUCAACAUCGACCUGAAGACGCGCCUGGACGAGACAUCAGCGCUCUACGAGCAGAGCCAGCGAGACCUGCGCAACAAGCAGACCGAGCUGCAGCGAGUCAACCAUGAGCUCGACAAGACUCGCGAACAGAAGGACCAGCUUGCCCGCGAAAACAAGAAACUCUCCGAUGAUCUUCAUGACGCCCGCAACAACUUGGCUGACCUGAACAGACGUCUGCAUGAGCUGGAGAUUGAACUGCGCAGACUCGAGAAUGAGCGCGAAGAACUGUCUGCUGCCUACAAGGAAGCCGAAGCUGGCCGCAAAGCUGAGGAACAGAGGUCACAAAGAUUGGCUGCUGAAUUCUCCUCCUUCCGUCAUGAAGCCGAGAAGAGAUUGUCUCAGAAGGACGAGGAAAUCGAAGCUAUUCGCAAGCAGACAAGCAUUGAGAUCGAGCAGCUGAACGCCCGCGUGGUGGAGGCGGAGACCAAGCUGAAGACCGAGGUGAUGAGAAUCAAGAAGAAGCUGCAGAUCCAGAUCACCGAACUCGAGUUGUCCCUCGACGUCGCCAACAAGAACAACAUCCAACUCCAGCAGACAAUCAAGAAGCAGUCACUCCAGCUCACUGAACUGCAAGGCCACUACGAUGAGACCCAGAGACAGCUGGCUGUUACCCUUGACCAGUUCGGAAUUGCUUCCAGGAAGGUCCAGGCUCUUACUGCUGAACUUGAAGACAUCCGUGGAAACUUCGAAUCUGCGAUGAGAGCCAAGCGCCAGGCUGAAGUGUUGUACGAGGAGUCGCAGUCCAAGAUCAAUGAACUCACCACCAUCAACAUCAACUUGUCAGCCACCCGCACCAAGCUCGAACAGGAACUCUCGUCCAUCGCCGCUGACUACGAGGAAGUCACCAAGGAGCUCAAGAUCUCCGAUGAAAGAUACCAGAGAGCGCAAGUUGAAGUGAAACACGUGAUGGAGAGCCUGCACGAGGAACAGGAGCGCGUCAUCAAGAUCGAAACAAUCAAGAAGUCGCUGGAAAUUGAAGUGAAGAACCUGUCUGUCCGUCUGGAGGAAGUUGAAGCCAAUGCCAUCGUCGGAGGCAAGCGCAUCAUCAGCAAAUUGGAAGCUAGGAUCCGUGAUCUGGAACUGGAAUUGGAUGAGGAGAAGCGAAGACACGCUGAGACAGUGAAGAUCCUGAGGAAGAAGGAGCGCACAGUGAAGGAGAUCAUGAUCCAGAACGAGGAGGACUCGAAGAACAUCACACUCCUCCAGGAGAGCUUGGACAAACAGACCCAGAAGGUCAACCUCUACAAGAGACAGCUGCAAGAACAGGAGGGCAUGUCCGCACAGAGUGUGACCAGAGUGCGCCGCUUCCAGAGGGAGUUGGAGGCCGCCGAGGACCGGGCUGAGUGCGCCGAAAGCAAUCUGUCGCUGAUCCGCGCCAAGCACCGCACCUUCGUCACCACCUCCACCGUGCCCGGCUCACAGGUCUACAUGGUCCAGGAGUCCAGGACCUCGGAGGCCUUCUAAGCCUCAAACCUCCACCACUCAAACAUCGCUUUCAAAUACCAUCGCUCAGCAUUUAUUUGCCGCCGCCGAUACUACAUUUAUUUUAUCAUACGGUGAAUGUUCAGCUGCGCUUUUGCGGGCAGGUUCCUCUAAUUGAAAACAAAUUUGUUCUCACCUAUUUAAAAUGUUCAACUGAAACGAUCUGAGAAGACUGUAACAUCUUCAAGGUGAGGAUUAGAUAUAUUUUUCUUCAAGAUGAAAAGAAAAUAUUGUAUCAUUCUACUAAAAUUACGUUCUCUAAGGCUUAUGUAUUUCAUGCAAGAUUAUGAAUAAGUUCUCAAUGGAUUCUGUUUUCAUACAGAUUCAAAUUGCUAAGAUAAAUUUAAUAAUAUAUUUAGUUGAAAUUUUAAGGUUAAAGUCAAAAGUUUUUAUAAAAUCUUGUAAAGUAUGCUGGGCCUUGGUAUGAAACAGAAAACAUUCAACCAAUACAAACGCUUUAUCUAUAAGAAUAAAAUGAAGAGUGUAGAAACCGCUUGCGUGCGGGCCCAGCAAGUUCUCUUAGGUAUUUCCUUUGAGUUCAUAAUCAGUCUGUGAAUGCAUCAAGUUGGAUUGAUACUGUGAACAUGUAUUUUAACUUUCACUCUACACUCUUUCCGUUGAAAAAUCUUCAAAAAAAUUGCAAAAUUAGUAAAAUGGUUUGUAACAUUGUUUGGUUGGAAUAGUAUAGUGGGAAGUUUGGAUUGCAUCAUCUUAGUGCUAUAUUUUAUUACGCAUAAAUUUAUUGAUAUUACAUAUUUGUAAUAGUUUAAAUAUUAUCUAAUGCUAACUGAAGAUGUAUGCCUUCUUUGAAAUUUAUGAAUAAAGGAUCACAUGUUACUAUCCA